AUGACUAAUGAAAAUAAUAACACUUCCCUAACCCAAGAAACCGGUAUUAAUCGCCAAUUAUUUAAAGAAAUUAUUAGCAAUCUUCCAGAAGAAGACCAAAAACAUAUUGGUGAAUUUAGCAAAGAAUUCAAAAAUGAUACGGCAGCAGAAAUCUUAAAAGUAGAAGAUAAAGAUAAAAUAAAGGCUUAUGAUAAAAAAAAGCCCACUGAAAUCCAAGGAGAAAUCAAAGAUUUAGAAGUUAAGAAUAAAGAAAUUAGAAUUUUGCCUAAUCAAACUCCUAUUCAAGUUAAAGAAAAAUUAACUGAAUUAGAAAAUAAAAGUUUAGAGCAGAGUGAUUUAGAUCGACAAGAAUUAGUUAGAGAAAAAGAGAAAGUGGUUGAAUUAACUGAGCAAAACAAUUAUUUUUUGCAACAAGCCAACCGUAUUUUAGAAAGUAUGAGAUUUAAAAGAUAUGUUUUAGACGAACCAGUUAUUACCAUUAACCAAGCUCAAGAAAAAAUUACUAAAUUAUUAGAACGAAAGGAAAAAGAGUUGGAAGAUUAUCUUAAUGGUGAAAAAGAAUUAGUUAAUAAAGAACUAGAUUUUGAAUUAAGUAUUUAUCCAGAAAAAAAAAAAUUAUUUGAACUGUGGAGCGGAAGCAAGAAAUACAAUAAAGAAAAUGAUUUUGCUGAUGGUAGUCUUGAGCUUUCUGAGGAACAAAAAAAAGUAAUUAAAAAACUAACUGAGGAAAACCUAAAACUCGAAAAGAUAGUCGAAAAAUUUCAUCAAUCAAAAGAAAAUUUUCCUGAUCAAAUUCCCCAAGGCAAACUAAAAAAACACUUUGUUCAAAACAUCAGUACAAAUAGAAAAAAAAAUAGUGAUUCAUUAGAAAGAGAAUUAAAUAAUUCUAGAAAAAAAAUCACUCAAAAAGAUAAUAGAAUUAAAGAACAAGCCGAAAAAAUAAAUAAAGCGGUUGAAAUUUUAAAAAACCAAGAACAAAAUAUUAAAGAUAAAGAAAAGAUUAUCCGAGAAUUAGAGACUAGAUUAGAAAAUAGCGAGCCUAAAGAUAAUCAUAUUUAUGAAUUCAUAAAUCAUUUACAAAAAGAUUUAGAAUUAGAAAAAAAAGCCAAAGAACUAAUUGAAGAUCAAGUCCAAGAACUACAAAAACAAGCGGAAGGUGAUAAUGCAGUUAGAGAUAAAGAACUUCAAGAAUUAAAUGAAAAAGUAAAUAUUCUAACCCGACAAUUACUAGAAGUCCAAGAAAUACAUCAGCAAUUUUAUGCUCUUUUAGGGCAAGUUUCAAAUAAAACUGGAUUAUUACCUCGCACCCAACAAGUAAUCAAUAAAAUUAAAGAAUUACAAAAAGAACUAUCCUUAGAAAAAGAAUUAGAUAAAUACAUAAAAAAGGUUUUUGAUACUCCUAUUAAAGAUUUGGAACCGGUUAAUAAAAAAGUAGUCUAUUCUUUAAGUAUAAAUUCAUCAGUAAAACCUUUUUUGAUGGGGGACAUUGAAGAGAUAUUUCCUUUAAAAAAUCCAAAAGAAGCCAGAAAAUUGAUUAAAUUCGAGGAUGAUGAAGAAAGUGCAGUUGAUAAAAUAAUGACCUUCAUCCGGAACAAAUCGAUUAGUUUGGCACAAAAUCAAAAUCUUUAUUUAAAAAUUUAUGAAAAUUUAAGUCUUCCGACAGGAGAUUAUAAGAAAAUUCAAGAAAUCACUACUGAAGAACUAUCACCUUUUUAUCGAGAAAGUUAUUUUCCUAGCACUACUAAAAAAGGAGAAAUUUCUCAUCAAGGAAUGCAAUAUCCUUCUCAAACCACCGAAACAAUUACUAAGCAAAAAGGAAGUAAAAAAUCACAAGAGCAAUUGGAAACUGAUCCAGAAACUGGGCAAUCCUUAGAUGAUGAAAAUGGAAAAGAAGGAUUAAGACCCACCUGGUAUUUAGAAGGAUCUUAUCGCUUUUUAGGAAGGUUAAAGAACGAAUUAAAGAAAAAGUCAGGGGCUAGCAAAGACAAACUUCAACAGAGAAUUGAAGCAAUGAAAAAACUGAUUAAAAUCUAUGAAAAAGAUUAUGAAAAGCCUGACAUUGAAUUUUUCCUUGACAAAUUAAAUGAGAUGGAAGGAUUUGAAGAAUACAAAAAUAUUGUUGGCAACUAUUUUGUUAACUUAUUAAAUCCAACUGCUACACCAUUUAGACCAAAAUCUAUUAUUUUAGUAGGUCAUGCCGGAACUGGUAAGAGUGCCAUCGCAAAUAAAACUGCUGAAGCAUCUAAAAGAGCUUUUUUUCGCCUUCCGCUAGGAGGAGUGAAAGAACCGGUUUAUUUAAAAGGAAUGGAUGCUGUUUAUGGAGGGGCUGAUCAAGGAACAAUUUUAAAAAUGACUUUAGCCAAGGGCAGUUGUCAAGGAAUUAUAUUGUGUGAUGAAUUUGAAAAAGCAGGUUCCCGAGCAAUUACUGACAUCAUUGGAUCUAUGACUGAUCCUGAUCAAAAUUCUUUUUCUUUUGAAGAUGACCGAAGUCAAGUAAUUAACAUUCCACUUUUAAGUUAUGGAAAAAGGUUAGAAUUAGUAAAAAAGAAAUUGAACAAGGUUUUAGAUUUGGAAAAUGAAACUAAAAGGCAAACUUUAGCCAAUAUUGACAAUCUUUUCUUAGGAUUAAGAGCUUAUGUUCUAAUGGAUAAUCCUAUUGAUGAUUUAAACAAUGUAUCAGAGGUAAAGGAAGAAAGAUUGAGUUAUACCUUAACUUAUGAAAAUAGUCAAAAAAUAAUUUUAGUUCGCUCUUUUUCAGAAGAAAAAGGAUUAGAUGGAAAUGUUCAUAGUGUUUUAACUGAUAUUCCAGAUUGGCCGGGAGGAAAUCCGCACAAUGAGCAAGAAGAGAGAAAAAAAAUAACUUUCUUAGAUUUAUCCAAUCAAGAAUUAUAUAAUUUUGACUUUUCUCGUUACCCUGAACUGGAAGAAUUAGAUAUUAGUAAUAAUAACUUUGAUAAACUAGAUUUAAGCAAUAAUUUGAAACUAAAAUUCUUGAACUUAUCUUUUAACGAAAAAAUUAAAUUUGAAGAGAAUUUGAGAAAUAGGGUUAAAGUAGAAUAUCCUACUUGGCAAGAUUUAGAGGAGGGUGAAAAGUUGGAAUAUCAAUCUAAUAAUUCUGGUUCCGACUAUAAAAAUGCAAUGAGAGAAAAAGAAUGUGCUGACAAUGCCGAACCACGACUAGAACAUCGUAAAAAGAUAGAUAAUUACAAAACAUACCAAAUUAAUAUAGAUGGAGAAAAACGAAACAUAAACGAAAAGGAUCCUAACAUUAAAGUUAGAAGAGGAAUUUUAGGUGAUAGUUUUGAACUUCCUCAAAGUCUAGAUCCAAGCAGUAGGCUUGACGAGCCAACCUCUUAUCACAUUCUUACUUGCAACCUAUGCGGAAAAUCAAGAAAUAAAAAAGUUGAAGAAAGCGACGAAGGUAAAAGUAUUGAGGAAAUAAUGGGAUCUUGUCCUUGUUUAAAAACUACUAAAACCCAAGGGAUGAUAAAAGAAUUUGUUAAAGUUCAAGAAUACUUUAUCAAAAAUAAUAUCGAUACUAUCACUCUUCAAGGAAACAAGAGCAAUAAAACUAUUGCUACUAUUCCAAAAUUAAGAGUGGCGGAAGAAUAUCUUAGAAGAAAUAAUUUAGAUUCCCUUAAUUCUUCUAAAUUAGAAGUUUUACUUAAUAGUGCUGAAAUUAUAAAACAAAUUGAAAACUUUAAAAAAAACUCCGAAGAAAAUAACAAAUUCCUAAAAGAAACAAUCAAAGAAUUAAGAGAAGAAGUUGCGAAAUAUAAUAUUUAUACUGCCCAAGAAGAAAAAUACUAUGGUCGACCAGUUAAAGCUCAAAUUUUCAUUCUUGCUAGUAGUAUAGUUAAGAACUGGGGAAAGACAGAGACUAAGUUUAGCGAAGACAUAAUUUCAAAUCUUUCUUACACUAAAAUAAAAAAGGGAACUCCUGUGCUUACUGAUACAAUAAUAACUGUGGGAAAAGGAGCUCUUUCAGGAGCAAAAACUGGUGGACCUCUAGGAGCAUUUGCCGGAGCAGGUUUGGCAGCAGGGAAGAAAUUUGUCGAUAGUGCAUUUCCUCAACAACAAACUUACUUUAAUGAAUAUACUAUUGAACAAUUCGAACAUGAGUGGUUAAGGGGAGGUAUAAGACCUAUAUCAAUAACAUUGAAGCAAAACAAGGAGAUGCUCAACCGCUACCUUUCCAACAAACUCAUUAAAAAUGCUGGGGAAGUAAAUGAAUAUUUUACUGCAUUCAAUUUUGGGGCUAUGUUGGACCAAGUAGGCUUUUGUAAGUUUAAAUUUCAUACCUUAAAUUUUCAUAGUAAACUUGAAAUUAAAGAAAAUAAAGCAAUCCAAAAUACUGGUUCUCGUUGUCCUGGAAGUCUUGAAAUGAUCGAGAUUACUAACACAGUAGGAGCAACUUCAGGUAAAAGAAGUAAAAUAGCAGUUUGCGAAAAAAAGGAAGAUAUGGCUUCGGCUCCUGAUUUACUACCUUGGUUAAUGGAUGAACUUCAAAAGAGAUACAAUAUUCCAAGCAAAUAUUUGACCAAGGAAAAGAACGGAGUUAAAUAUUGCCCUGUUCAUUAUAAUUUAUACUUUUUUUCUUCUGAGGAUUAUAGCGAUACAGAAAGUGAACUUAAUGCCACUCAUUUUCUAGUUUCUCGGUUAAGUAAUGGUAAUCAAGGAAAGAUUGAAAUUGAAAUAAUUGGAGGAAUACCAUCUUCAGCCUUAGAACCAAACACAGAACCCGACCCUAAAGAACCUGAACAAGUCAUAGAACCAGACAUAACUAUUCAUGAUCCUGGUCUAGAACCUGAACCUGAGGAGCCAAAUGAACCAGAAACUGAAGUUACUGAUCCAGAACUAAACGAACCUGCUCCAGACCCUGAAGAACCUGAGCCAAAUGAACCAUAUGUAGAACCUGAGAUAGAAAUACCUGACAUAGAUGAUAAUGAACCAAUCUUAUAA